AUGGCAUCCAAGCAAUCUGAAGUGCCCAAUUUCACACCUAGUGACUAUGUCAAGUUCUUUGGUGCCGGCGCCCUCGCGGCGACGUCUACGCAUGGUGCCGCGACGCCAAUUGAUGUCGUCAAGACGAGGAUUCAGGUCGAUGAUGCCUUGAAGGGUUACAACAUGCUUAAGGCCGGUCGUACUAUUGUCGCUAAGGAGGGCGCAUCAGCGCUUCUCACGGGUUUUGGUCCGACGGCUGUUGGUUACUUGGUGCAAGGCGGCGCCAAGUUUGCCGGCUACGAGUUCUUCAAGAAGAAGUACAUCACCCUCGUCGGGGGACCCGAGAAGGCCAUCGACCGUCGAACAGGCAUCUACCUCGCUGCCAGUGCAUCCGCCGAGUUCUUUGCCGAUAUCCUCCUCUGUCCACUCGAGGCUACGCGUAUCCGUCUCGUCUCUCAGAAAGGCUACGCCAAUGGAUUGGUGUCGGGCUUUGGGAGGAUGGCACGUGAGGAAGGCUUCAAGGGGUUCUACUCUGGCUUUGUUCCCCUCCUGUUCAAGCAGGUUCCCUUUGCCGUUGGUCAAUUCUCGGUCCACGAAGCAGUCAACGAGAUCAUCUAUCGCGCCAUGGGCCCCGAGCGCAAGGAAAAGCUCACACAGCUCGAGUCAACAGCAGUAGAGCUCACCUCGGGAGUCACGGCGGGUGCCGCAGCGGCCGUGCUCUCCCACCCUGCCGACACGCUCCUGUCGGCCAUCAACAAGGGCGCCGGCGAUCCGAAGCAGGGCGCGACGAGCCGCAUGUUCCAACUGGCGAAGGAAUUUGGACCCAAACGGCUCCUGCUGUCAGGCCUGGGACCUCGUGUGGUGAUGACAUGUGGUCUUGUGGGAGGGCAGUUUGUGAUUUACGCGCAGUGCAAGGCGUUGACAGGGGCUCCUCCAAGCAUUGAGAUUCACAAGGAGGCAUCGCUGUGA